AUGGAGGAGCCUGUCUAUAUAGCAUCACAGCAUCUAUAUGCAUCGCAUUGGAUAGCAUCGCAUCGCAUCGGAUCGGAUCUGCCGGCGAGCACUUCGCAUGGCAGCAGCAGCAGCAGCUGCAGAUCCUCGUCGGCCACCAAGGCGGUUGGCUACAGCAAUGGCAAGCAGAGUGGAUCAUCCGGCUCGUCCUCGUCUUCCGGCUUUGGAGCGGGCUCAGCUGGAUCCUCAUCGUUGGGAGCCUUUGCCCGCCAGCAGCAGCAGCAACAUCAGCAGCAACAGCAACUGCAGCAGCAGCAACAACUCUAUGCCUCCGGUGUGUCCAAGUUGCCAUUCUCGCCGUUCUUCGCGGCCUCGCCAUUCUUUUUCACCUAUCGACGGAUCAGCGGAAGUGGAGGUGGCACCGGUGGCGGUGGUGGCAAGCAGGAGGACAACAACAAUAGUUGCAGCUACAACAACGGCAGCAGUAGCGGCGGAACAGGAGCAGGAUCAGCGAACAGCAUGCAGGACUAUGACCGCAAGUUCUCGCUGCUGAGUUUGUUCAAGAAUCCCUACAAGUUCGGAGAUGGUCAGGGCACGAGAAAGUCGUCGCCAACUGGGGGAUCCAGCAAAUCCCUGGCUGGCACGGGCUGCUCCAGUUCCUCGCCGAGUUGGAAGAGCUACGCCGGUUCGGGGUCACCACAUGCCGCCCUAAAUCCCGCCUUCGGGGGCAUGGCUCUCGGGGCAACGCGCAAGGAUAGCAGCAGUUUCAGCGGCAUUAACUUCGGAGGCGGAGGCGGCUCCGCCUUUGGACGCUCCUCCUCCGACUCAACGGCCAACGGCGGCUACAAUGAUCUCUCCAAGAACCGCAAGGUACACAAGUGCGACACCGAAGGAUGCGACAAGGUGUAUACGAAAAGUUCGCACCUCAAGGCGCACAAAAGAACGCAUACAGGUGAGAAGCCGUACGUGUGCACGUGGGAGGGCUGCAUCUGGCGCUUCGCCCGGUCGGAUGAGCUGACCCGGCACUACCGGAAGCACACGGGCGUGAAGCCCUUCCGCUGCCAGCUGUGCACCCGGAGCUUCAGCCGCUCGGACCACCUGUCGCUGCACAUGCGCCGCCACUGAGGAUUUGGGACUGCCGAUCUGGCCAUACAUACUCGUACUCAUAUAUCCGAGAAUACUCAUCUGGGAGGCUGCGGGGAGGGGAAGAGCAGCUCUUGAUUAUUUAUAUGCACUCGAAUCACUUCCAUUGAUCAUUUACUGAGACCAGAUAUUCCAUAUCGCUUAAGUAGCUCAAUUUAGACCGUAAGCGGGCUCAAAGCCCAAAUUAGUGGUAGCUAAACUAUAGUUAUGGGGCCGAAAGAUUUGUAAAAUUUUUCACACUUCAAGCCCAGAGACAAUUGCCUUCAGAAGCCAAGUUAACAAAGUGGAUUUUAACCUACUACACAUAGAAAUAUCUGCAUAGUUAAAUAUACAUAUUAUAUACAUAUACAGAUAGUUUUGGAUUGGUGCUAGCAACUUGCGUGUACAUAGAUCUAGAUAAACCUUUUACAACCUAGUGCGAUAAGAAGAAAUUUAACUAAUUUUAGAUCAAAUUUUUAUUGGUUAUUAAGUAGAAAAUUUUAUACAAAAAGACAAAAAACUACAAAGGAGGCAAAAUAAAAUACAAAAAACCGGAAGAGCCGAGCAAAGCAAAGCAAUAUUUAUAUAUAGAAAUUCUCUCAUCUGUAGGGUAUUUUAAACAUUUUGUACUAUACGCAUAUGAUGUGAUAGUGGAUGAGGAUUUUGGCCAAGAGGGGUGCGAUAAGGGAAGGUUUGAAUAGCUUAGAAAUUAGUGUUUUCCCAUAUUCGUUUUCUAUUUUAUGGUUUUCUGUUCUUGUUAUAAAAUUAAAUCUGUAUGCUCUUUACUUUACAAAUUAAUAAUAAAUUAUUUUAUUCUAGGAAAUCUUCUGUAUGUUUAUAUCAUCAUUAUCAUAUACACUCUUUAUAACACGUUUUACGAUUAUAAGACCUCUUGGUGUAUUGACAAUUUCACAUUAUUACAAUCAUUCUCUAUUUUUAAUUUUUAUAUGCGUAAAACGCUUUAUAAAUUCAAAUAAAUUACAGGAAAAAACUUUGGAAAUAUACACUAUCAAAUUUAAAUAAUUUAUAAACAUUGUAAACUGCCUUAUAGCUACGGAACGCACUGUAUUCCCUGGCGGACCCCUAAAGCAAUUUGCCUCAUACCAACUGUCAUCAUAGAUUUUAGCACACACACAUACACACACUCACAAAAGCAAAACAAAUUGUAUUAUUUUUUGAGAAAUAAAAGAAAAGCGAAUACUUUUUUGUACCAAACGAA